UUCAACCAUAUCCUGACCUCAUCGCUCCAAUUCUGCAUCUCUCUCUCUCUCUCUCUCUCUCUCUCUCUCUCUAAAUCCGCCAUUAAUGAUCUUCACAAGUUCAACAUCAUCAUGAAGAAAGUGAUUCUCAAGGUAGAACUACACGACGACUCAAUAAAGAAGAAAGCCAUGAAGGCUGUGUCUGGGCUUCCAGGGGUUGAAUCUGUGUCAGUGGACAUGAAAGAUAAGAAAUUAACUCUAACAGGGGACAUAGACCCAGUGAGCAUCGUGGGAAAGCUGAGGAAACUCUGCCACACAGAGAUAGUCUCAGUGGGGCCAGCGAAAGAAGAGAAGAAGGAAGAAAAGAAAGAAGAGAAGAAACCAGAACCAGAACAGAAGAAGAAAGACGAGAAGGAGCAAAUGGCCGAUCUUCUUAAGGCGUAUCAGAACUAUCAUAAUCAGAUGAAAGCACAAUACUGCUAUCAAUAUCCUUCUUAUUAUCCUGUUCGGAGUGUGGAAGAAGAUCCUAAUGCUUGUGUUAUCUGCUAAAUUAAUUAACUAAUUUAAUUAUAUACAUGUUUGAGUCAGUUUGAUGCAGAACAAUAAGUGGGAAUUUAACAAGUGAAUGCUUGUUGAUGAGAAUGAGAAGCUGGAUUUUGGAAACAGAGGAGUCUGCUGUAGAUGUACAGUAUUACUCUUUCGCAGCCUUGUGAAGGAUUAAGUUUUGUUUAAAUUAUGUAAUAUUUGUCCAUGAGCGGUUAGUAAUUAUAAAUUAUUAUUUCUUCCCACUUUCAA